AAGCAAGCCAAGAAAAGUAUCACAGAUAAAGGAGAUGAAUUAUUUAAGAUGGGCAACAAGAUGCUCCAGGAGUCUAAAAGCCAAAAACAGAAAACAGAAGCCUACAUACUCUUUGCCAGAGCAGCUGACAUGGGAAAUUUGAAAGCUAUGGAAAAAAUGGCUGAUGCUUUGCUAUUUGGAAGUUUCGGCAUGCAAAAUAUAACAGCAGCUAUCCAGUUAUAUGAGUCUUUGGCUAAAGAAGGAUCAUACAAAGCCCAAAAUGCACUAGGAUUUUUAUCGUCUUAUGGAAUAGGAAUGGAAUAUGAUCAAGCCAAGGCACUGAUAUAUUAUACCUUUGGAAGUGCUGGAGGAAGCAUGAUGUCCCAGAUGAUUCUGGGGUACAGAUAUUUGUCAGGAAUCAAUGUUCUACAAAAUUGUGAAGUUGCCCUAAAUCAUUACAAGAAAGUGGCAGAUUAUAUUGCUGACAAAUUGGAAAAAAGUGAAGGAAUUCCAGUGGAGAAAGUGAGACUAACCGAAAGACCUGAAAAUCUGAGCUCCAACAGUGAGAUUUUGGAUUGGGACAUAUACCAGUACUAUAAGUACUUGGCAGAAAGAGGAGAUGUUCAGAUACAAGUAUCCCUUGGACAAUUACAUCUAAUUGGGAGGAAAGGCCUAGAUCAGGAUUACUAUAAGGCACUAUACUACUUUUUAAAGGCAGCAAAGGCUGGGAGCGCAAAUGCCAUGGCAUUUAUAGGAAAGAUGUACUUAGAGGGGAAUACUGCUGCACCACAAAAUAAUGCCACUGCCUUCAAAUACUUCUCCAUGGCGGCCAGCAAGGGCAAUGCAAUUGGUCUUCAUGGACUUGGUCUCCUUUACUUUCAUGGAAAAGGUGUUCCUGUGAAUUAUGGUGAAGCACUUAAAUACUUCCAGAAAGCUGCAGAGAAGGGAUGGCCUAAUGCACAGUUCCAGCUAGGCUUCAUGUACUACUCUGGCUUUGGAGUAUGGAAGGAUUAUAAACUUGCCUUCAAAUUUUACUUGGCCUCUCAGAGUGGGCAGCCUCUCGCCAUUUAUUACCUAGCCGAGAUGUACGCCACUGGAACAGGGGUGCUGAGAUCAUGCAGAACGCGACUGGAACUGUAUAAAGGUGUCUGUGAGCUAGGCCACUGGGCUGAGAAAUUCCUGACAGCCUACUUUGCCUAUAAGGAUGGCGACGUAGACUCUUCUCUUAUUCAGUAUGCACUGCUUGCAGAAAUGGGAUACGAAGUAGCUCAAAGCAAUUCAGCAUUCAUUUUGGAAUCUAAGAAGGCUAAAAUUCUGGGAAAAGAGAAGAUGUAUCCAAUGGCACUUCUGCUAUGGAACCGAGCCGCCAUUCAAGGGAAUGCUUUUGCGAGAGUGAAAAUUGGAGAUUACCAUUACUAUGGUUAUGGGACUAAGAAAGACUAUGAAACGGCAGCCACACACUACAGCAUCGCAGCAGACAAGCAUCACAGUGCACAAGCCAUGUUCAAUCUGGCCUACAUGUAUGAACAUGCUUGGGUAUCGAAG